CAGGUGUGACAACUGUUUUGUCAUGUUGUGCCGGUGGAAUAGCGUUGGACAUUUAUCGCAAACGAGUCUCCCGAUUCCAUUCCUACAGAGGCUUAUUCGACCAAUACAUUGCCAUCAACGGAUUGUACAUCUUAGGGAAAUUUGCACGAAAUAAACUCGAAAAAGACAGUAAGGAUUAUAAGAAUGUCCAAAGCAACAUAUUGCUUGAAAGGCUACGUGCUAAUGAAGAUACAAAAUAUGGCAAAGAUUUCAAAUUUUCUGAAAUUAAAUCAACUGAAGAUUUUAUCAAGAAACAUCCCUUGACUAGAUACUCACACUUUCAACCAUAUAUAGGAAAAAUAGCUGAUGGGGAGAAAAAUGUGCUAACUGUCAAAGACCCCGUUGUGCUUGCAGUAACCUCUGGUACAUCUGGACAGAGCAAUAUUCUCCCAAUGAUUAAAGAGCAACGAGGAAAUUUUUUCUUCCAUGGAAUCGCAACACUUUUUCGUUGCAUGGUGAAUGCUUACCCAGCCACAAAACAAUUACUGCAAAAAAAUCUCAAGAUAUUUUAUACGCCAAAAUGGAGGGUGUCUAAAUCUGGGAUUGUGAUUGGGCCUAACUCAUCAUCUCCUACCAAUUCUAAAAGUAUGCUGAGUAUCUAUUCCACUCCCCUUCCCGGGUUUGAAAUUAUGACAGAACCAGAAGCACUGUAUGUACAUUUGUUGUUUGGGCUACGAGAUAAAUAUAUUGGAAUGAUGGAGGCGAAUUUUGUGUCGCUUAUCUAUGUGGCAUUUCAUACGUUAGAACUUGAAUGGCAAACUCUCGUGAAUGACAUUGAACUUGGUCGAGUCAACCCUGAAUUGAACAUUAAUGAUGACGUAAGAGCAAAACUGAAUCAACUUCUUACACCAGACCCUGCAAGGGCCAAUGAGCUGCGGACGGAAUUCUUAAAGGGAUUUGACGGUAUUGCCAAAAGAAUAUGGCCAAAAUUAAAUUUUGUACUCAGUGUCGACACAGGUUCUUUUGAGCAUUAUGGGAAACUUCUCCGCGAACAUCAGUGCAAAGGAACGCCAUUUUAUUCCCCUCUGUAUGCUGCCACGGAAGGGCUGAUUGGGGUUAACAUUUGGCCUGAAAGAGAGGAAAGACGGUACAUCCUGGCUCCUAGAUCCAUGUUCUUUGAGUUCAUACCGGUGGAACAUAGUGGAGAAGACCAACCAAAGACACUUCUCCCUCAUGAAGUGGAUGUAGGAUCAACAUAUGAGCUUGUCAUCUCUAACAUCAGUGGCAUGUGGAGGUACAGGUUUGGUGAUGUCGUCAAAAUUGCGGAGUUCUAUAAUGAGGCUCCAGUCAUCGAGUUUUUAUACAGGCAAGGCCAGCUUCUGAACAUCCGUGGUGAGAAGACAUCUGAGAAGAUGUUCUAUAAGGCAUUAACUGAUGCAGCCAAUCAGUGGCCAGAGGUCAAGGUCAUUGACUACUGCUGUGCUGAGAGUGUCAUGUUGGAUGGGAGUGAUCAAGGUGAGGAGAACAGUCGGGACCAUUCUAGGAUGCCACAUUACAUUGUGUUCAUCGAACUGAAGGAUGAGAAUACAACACUGACUCCUGAACAGAAAGCUAUGAUUGACAAGAUGUUAUGUAAAGACUUCUUUGUGUACGAGUCAUUCCGUAAGAAGGGAAGCAUUGCUCCUAUGGAUGUUCACGUAGUAGCCCAUGGGACGUUUCUUGGACUCAGGAACUUUAUGUUGGAGACUACGCAAGCCACUUCUAACCAGUAUAAGGUGCCACGGGUACUGCGCAGAACUGACGCUGUGGAAUUUAUGAUGAAGCAUGUGGUGAAAUAGGAAACAUUGUAAGCAGGAUAAACAUGUGCUCAAAUAAGACAAAGUGAGUCAUGACAGAGCAUGUGCUCGAAUAGAAAAUGGAGCAGUCAUGAUGAAGCAUGUGGUGAAAUAGUAAAAUUGUUAUCAGGAUGAAACAUGUGCUCAAAUAUGACAAAGUGAGUCAUGACAGUCAGAGCAUGUAGUGAGUCAUGACAGAGCAUUUGAUCAAAUAAGACAUGGGGCAGUCAUGAUCAAGCCCUUGUUCAAAUAGGACAGUUUAUCCAGUUCAAGGAUUAUAGUCAUGAGCUCUCCCAUAUGCUUUGUGCUUUGUCUAAAUGAUAACAAUUAGGUACAUGUAGUUAGUGGCAUGUAUGCAGCCAAUCUGCAACAGUACCGUAUGGUACCGUUUUGGCAAUGGUACUGUACGGGUACCCUGAAAUAUGGUACCAUAUGGUACCUUGAUUUUAGAGUGCGGAUUGGGGUGUAUAAUUGGCAAAAAUAGCAUACCUCAAUUAAUUCUGCGAAAUGUCAUCACAAAGGAUCAUGGAAGCUAAUCAGUAUUAUAGAUACAGGCAUCAAUGUUUUAAUACACUAACUGGUUUCAGUAAAUAAGAGACAUUUCUUCAGCUCAUUAUAUCUUAUAAGUCAGUUAUCAGGCAUGUUGCCAUGAUUUCCAAAUUAAUUUCCCAAGAGAGGGGCCGAUGAUGCUUAUAGCCUUGGCCCUCCAGAAUUUCUGUAAUCAAUUUUAGAGUUUAUUGUGCAAAUAAAAGAUCCACACAAAUUGCACAACGCACA